AUGUCUUAUCAAAAAGUAAUUGCAAAAAUCAAUGAGUACACUUACAAGUGCACUGACUUCUAUGACUUUGCUGAACCUCAUGGAGUUUUUAAGAGAAAACUAAAUGUGGAUGUCACUCCUCAAUUAGAAGAAAUUUAUUUUUAUAAAGGUGGAAGAAUACCUGCAUACGAUUAUGUACCAGAGUCAUCUAAUCAACAGAAGUAUCUAGAACAUGAAAGAAAAAGAGGGAUCAGAAAUGAGACUCAACUUGAUGAAUUGUUUAACAACUUUAAACAAGGUCAUGUUUGUAUCGUUGGCCCCGCAGGAUCAGGGAAAUCCACACUCAUGAAAGCCACAUCAAGAAAUACCAUGCAUGGAAAAUAUUUCCAAGGAUCCAUCAAGAUGGUUUCAUAUAUAGAAUGCAGACAAUAUAAGAGAAACAGGAAAGUAACAGCAGAUGAACUAAUUUUCAACAACCUGUCAAAGGAAGAAAGAGGUCCAGCAAUUGAAUUUGCAAAAAUUCACCCAGAGGAAGUUUUGUUUUUGCUCGACUCUUUGGAUACUCUUCAAUAUACAGUUGAUGGAGUUUAUGAAGUCAUCAGUCUAGAUGAGCCUGCAUAUCCUGAAGUAAUAAUAUGGAAUUUUCUUUCUGGAAAAUUAUUUCCUGGGUGUCGCAUUAUAUCGGCCAGUCGUGAACAUUCCAUCAGAAAUUAUUGGGGAGAAGUCCGACCAGACAAGGUCAUUGCACUUGCUGGAUUAACAAUGGAGUCCAUCAAAAAAAUCAUUUCUGGAUAUGAAGGAGAUGAAGAGGCCGAGAAAAUAAUAGAAUUUCUCAAAAUCAAAGCUCCAUUACUUUUGUUUCUGUGCACCACACCUGUGAUGCUUGUUUACACAUUGAUAGCUUUGAAAUUCAAAUCUGCCUUCAAACCAAACACUAUGACUGGUAUUAUGAUUGUGGUCAUGAAAAGCAUCUUACAAUCAUCCCACACGCACCAAGAGAAUAUUUUGGAAGUUUUGGGAAAAUUAGAAGAACUAUCAUACAUUGGGACAGUAGAACGUCGAGUUCUAUUUACAGAAGAUGAUUUUCGCCAAGUUCAUCUAAAACCGGAGGAAGCAACUGAUCUAGCAAUCCUGGCUCCUGGAGGAAUAUAUUGUAAACUUUUUCAAGGAAUCCACAUUCUUUACUUCCAACAUCAAAAAGUUUGUGGAUAA